AUGAGCAGCGCGCCCGGCCGAGGCCUCGGCGCGGAGCUGCUGGGGCUGCCCAGGUGUGCAGGGCGCCUGGGUGACCCAGGGGAGCGCUGGGGCGGCAGCUCGUCCGGUCUCGAGCGUCUCGCCUCGUGCAGGGGCAGGCAGCAGCCGCGGGGCUCCCGGUGGCCAGGGCGGCCCAGACUAACGCGGCUUCUGUUUGCCCGCAGCUCGGACUGGGUGGAGAUCAUCGAGCCCCGCUCGCAGGAGCGCAUGUACGUGAACCUGACGACGGGCGAGUGCGGCUGGGACCCGCCGCCCAACCUCAAGGUGCGCCAGUCGGAUCAGAAGCAGUGGUGGGAGCUCUUCGACCAGAACAACAACCGCUUCUACUACUACAAUGCCCUCACGCGGCAGACGGUGUGGCACCGGCCGCAGGGCUGCGACAUCGUGCCCCUGGCCCAACUCCAGGCCAUGAAACGCGGCUCGCAGCCCGAGUGCCAGCGCCGGCAGCACAGGGGCAGCGGCAGCAGCGACGGCAGGAGCACCCCUGUCCAGGCAGCCCUGCUGCAGGAGCUGGAGCGCGGCAAGGGCGACUGCGCGGCUGAGAAGAAGCCGGACACGGGCAGGGAGACACCUACCCACUGGCAGCCUCUGCCUGGCACAAAAGCAGCCAUGCUGGUCAAGGUGAACAGUUUAAGGCAGGUACAGAGUUCUUCAAGCAGCUCGCUUCAGCUGCAGAGCGCCCCGGAAGCCAGCGGCCAAAAAUCUCUUCCCAAACCAGCCAUAUAUGCUCAGCCUCAGCCCACGUCCCAGAGCGCCGGUGCCGCUAAGCAAGCGCCUGCAGGAGAAGCAAAACAAUCGAUGCAGAUCAAAAAGACAGAGAAUGGUGGGUUUUGCUUAGUGCUGAUGAAUGGGCCAGCUUCUCAAACACCUCCAAGGAGUCAGACAGGAACUCCCCAGCCUGCAUCCCCCAAGUAUGCCUGCCCUGCACCUAUAUAUGAUGAGCCAUCUUUAGAAUCCCCAAUUUAUGAUGAGCCUCCAGUAGAUAUGGACACGGAAAGUGCCAACGUGAAUGGGAUAUCUCCACCAGUGUCACCAAGCAACAGCUUAAAAAAGCAGCUCCAGCCAACCAAAUUACUACAGCAUCCAAGUAUGCAACAGCAACAAGCUGCAAAGAAACAUGUGAGAAGUCCUUCUUCCACUGAAUAUAGCCCGGCUGGCAGGGAAUAUAUAAAACACAUGAUCAAUGUUGACCAAUCUUCCAAACUUCCUCACUCUGCUGCUGCAACUGCUGAGGCUUCCGUCAAACUGCCUGGUCAGCUUACUUUGAAGGACAGCUUCAAGCAGUCUUGGAGGAUCUUGGAAGCCAAUGUCCUCAAGAACAUGGAAGCCCACCAUAGCAGGCAGCACAGUGUGCAAACUCAAGAGUACCCAACUGCUAUAAGCCACCAGGAUUCUGGUUAUUCGACUGGCCCUUCUCCAAGCUUGAGAAAACGGAAAGGAAGGAGGCAAGGGACAGGUCAAGGAAGACCUGGUUCUGUGGGCAGCAGCAGUGAGCUCACAGCUUUGAAUGAUAAGUUGAUUGCUGAGAUGCGUGCAGUGGUGGGCAGGUCAGCAGCUUGCAGAGGAAGCAAAGCCAGCCUUGAUGCUGAAACUCUGGAUAGUGGCAUCCCAGCAGAGAGCAGCAAAGUCAGAUUUCAGUCUGACCACUUGAAAAAAUGCAUCACCCGGAGCUCAAGGGACGAUGUCUCUGCCAGUAACAGGUCUCUGUACAGACAGGGCCUGGAGAGCAGGGGUAGCUUUCCCAGCGACACGGCUACUCCGCAGGACACAAUGAGGCAGAAGAGGACUUUUGAGAAAAUUGAUUCUUUGGAAAAGAACGUGACCAGCCAGACAAGUCUGGCUUCAUCGGAUGCUACACGUCACUCCUCUCAGCCCGGGACGAUAGAGCUGGAUGCCAAGGCGGAGAGCAGCGGGCAGCCGAUGGGAUAUCACUUCCCAUACAACACCCUGCGGAAGCCCAUCUCUCCGAGCAGCAUGGCAGACUGGGCUUCCAAGAACCUCAACAUGCACACGCAGGGCAUCUUCCGCCGGAGGAUCUCCAUCUCCAACAUGCUCUCCUGGAACGGCGGCUCUAUCAAAAAGCCAAUGCUCAUCACGAGCAACCGCGCCAUCAAGAAAGAAGCCUGUGAGAUGUUCAAACUAGUGCAGAGCUACAUGGGAGAUCGUCAGACUCGCAUGGAUAGGAAUCACGUGGCGUUGGUCACCGUCACCAAGUGCUGGAGCAUGCAGGGUUUACGGGAUGAGCUCUACAUACAGCUCAUCAGGCAGACAACAGAUAAUACGUGCUACCAAAGUCUGGCAUGGGGCUGGGAACUGAUGGCCAUUAGUCUGGCCUUCUUCUCCCCGUCACCAAAAUUCCAGUCGUACCUGGAAGGCUACAUCUAUCGUCACCUGGACAGCGAUGAAAACAUUGCUCAGCGCAUGAAGGAGCUCAUGGACCUGAAAAACAAGAAGAACUCCAAGUCCAGGAAGAAGAGGAAACAGAAUACUGAAGAUGAAGGCCUGCCCAUCAGCACCUACGCCAAGUACUGCUACCGGAAGCUCCAGAAAGUAGCCGUCACCGGCGGCAAAAAGGGCCUCCGCAAACCCACAAUAGAAGAGAUAACGCAUGCCAGAAAUGCCAUCGUGACACCGUCGCUCUUCGGCAGCUCUCUGGAGGAAAUCAUGCUGCGGCAGCAGGACACGCACCCCCGUAACAAGCUGCCGUGGGUGCAGACGCAGCUGUCGCAGCAGGUCCUGGCGCUGGGAGGAGAGCAGACGGAAGGGAUUUUCAGGGUACCUGGUGACAUAGACGAAGUGAACGCGCUGAAACUGCAGGUGGAUCAGUGGAGAAUCCCCCAGGGCCUCAGCGACCCCAACGUCCCAGCCUCUCUUCUCAAGCUGUGGUAUCGGGAGCUCGAGGAGCCCGUGAUCCCCCAGCAGUUCUACCAAGAGUGCAUCAGCAACUACGAGAACCCCGACGCUGCGGUGGCCGUGGUGCAGCUCCUGCCAGAGCUCAACAGGCUGGUGCUGUGCUACCUCAUACACUUCCUGCAGAUCUUUGCCCAGCCAUCCAACGUGGGCAGAACGAAGAUGGAUGUCAACAACCUGGCCAUGGUGAUGGCGCCCAACUGCCUGCGUUGUCAGUCUGAUGAUCCUCGGAUUAUCUUUGAGAACACACGCAAGGAAAUGUCCUUCCUUCGCAUGCUGAUAGUGCACUUAGAUACGAGCUUCAUCAAAGGGCUGGUCUGAGGUGCUGGCCCUGGGGUGUAGGAUGCUGCUCUGGGGAGUUGCUGGGUGUCCAAUGUCUUCUCCCUUCCACUUAGAUUUCUUCCAUUGUCCUUGCUAUUGUCACACUCUGGGUUAGCCCAGAGCAUCCCCCAAAAUACGACUUUGAGGAUGGGGACUAGAUGAUCCUGGAAAGCUUGGGCUGUUCUGCAGAAGGGCCAAGAAGUCCUCGGACAUGCCGGGCCAGAUACAGGAAUUCCUGGCCCUCUGGGUAUGUCAGAGGGGGGCUGCCCUCCUCCUCAAAGCUGCAGGACUGCUUGCUCCUUAACAGCACUGUGAUGUCCGUGAGAAACCUCUGCCUGGCGCUGUGAGACUCUCCUCUCUUGCGGGGCAGAGUUGGCUUCAGGUAGGAGGACAUCGCAGCCGUGCUAUGGCAUGAGCCAGUCCUGAGGGAGAUACUGGGGAUAACUCCACUGGCUGCGAGUCAGCCUGGUUCGCUGCUGCAGACUCUUGGCUGGGAGCUUUAGGGUGGUUUUGGUGCCCCUCAGAGCUGUUGGAAGAGGGCUGUGAAGGUCUUUGAGUCUCUGCUGCUGGUGGCUGGACAGGCAGACAUCCCAUGGCCAGGGGGUCGCGCUUCAACAUGCACCAACCUUCUCUUUUAGGUGGCCUUGGAGCUGCACAGCCCCUGUGGCUGCCACGGGGCAGUGUGUAGGUCAGCGUGUAGGAUGGACGAGCCCUGUGCUGAGCUAAACCAGCACCCGUGCGCUCUGUGAGGCCGGGGAAGGACGAUGCACCAGGUGGCACAGGUGUGAGAGCCUCUUUGGCCUCCUCCAACACGGCCUGCUCCUUUGGAGGGGUAACCCCAGCCAGGCUCGCAGCUCCUUUCUGCCAGGCCCUGCACGGGCUGCGCGGGCCGACGCCGGCUUUCCCGGAGAGGCGCCGGGGACGGGCUCCGAGCCGCCUCCACGGCUCCUACGCUCCCCCGCAGGGCACCAGGUACAGGGGCGCGUUGGGACUCUGCUGGGCUCGGCCAGACACAGCCAGGACGUCCUGCAGAGAGCCCUGCCAGGGGCUGGAUCCCGGCCUUGCCCCCGCCCCUGUCCCAGGCCUGGACACUGCAGGGAAGACUCUGGGCGCCAAGAAGCCCCGUGUGCCCAGAUGUUCUCUUCCAGCAGAGCAGCAGCUUUCCCACCAGCUUUCCCAUUUCCCAGUGAAAUGAUGCUGCCCGGAGCCACAGCAGCACCCAUGUUCAUCCUGCCAGAUUCGUACUAGAGCUGCGUUGGGAUCGGGAAGGAGAGGGAAGGGAGGAAGCAGGCUGGGACGGCUUAUGAGCCAUGGAGCCUGCAUAGGGAUGGUGUUAGCCAGGCAGCUCAGCGUCCUCGCUUGCUGUUAAACACUUGGGGCUCUCUGUGUGCCAACAAGGACAUUGAGAGCCAGCAAGGAGAGUAUCUUCUGGGGCAGUGCACAGGUCGCCCACAGCCUCCGGAUAGCGCGGCAUGGCCCCUCGCAAGCAGCAGCUUCUCGCUGGGUGCUGUCCUGGUGUGACUCUUCCUUUCCUUUGCAGCAUUCUCUCUGCUAGACACAGGUCUGCUGCAAGGCCAAGGGGGUGUUGGGACAACGCUGAGUUUGCUGGUGGCACCCAAGGUUGCAUUCAUGUUUCUGUGUCCCUCAUCAGGUGGGGACAUGGGAUCACCCUGUCCCGAGUGCAGGGGAGCUGAGACCUGCCAGCAGUCAGGUUUGAAGGUCGGUAGCUGAACCAAAGGGUCAGGCACCAGGUGCCUCAUGUAAAGUAGUGCCUUGAACCUGCUGGCGUCCCGGUGCGCGAGUGGGGGCCCAGAGCACGGGUUUACUCCAGGGGCUCUUCGGCAGGAGUUUUCGGUGGUUUGUGCCCAGCUGCACCAAGGAUCACAGAAUCAUAGAAUAUUCAAGGUUGGAAGGGACCUCUAGAGAUCAUCUAGUCCAACCUUCCUGCUCAAGCAGGCACUCCUAGAGCAUCUGGCACAGGGUGCCAUCCAGGUGGGUUUUGAAGACCUCCAGAGAAGGAGACUCCACAACCUCCCUGGGCAGCUCAUUCCACGAAACCAAGGAUCGUGGUUUCCCUUAUGGUACUAGAUCCUUCUGUGGUCCAGGGGGCCAGGAAAUCUUUCUCCCUUGUUGGGAUUAGCUCUGUCAAACCCACCAACAAAGAUGUGCCAGUAUCUGCUUCAGACAUUCACCCCGUCCCAGUGCUCAGCUCAUUUGGCCUCCUGCAGCACUGAACAAUUUAUACGUCGUAUGUGGGGCUGCGUUCCCAGAGGCGCUGGGUCAGCAGGUACCAGCGGUGCCGGGUUUGGUUGGAAUCUACGUGUGUGGGCAGGCU